CAAAAGUGUAAUCAACGUGAAUAAACCUCUGGGUGCAUCUAUUAUGAAUUAAAGAACAUACCCAGAGAGAUAAUCGAAAAGUUGAACAUCUGGUCGGUACAGCUACAACUGAAUAGAACUGAACUGUGACAUAUGAAUAACUAUAUUCUUUAAAUUGUGCUGUUAGUGCAAUUAGGCUUUUUAAGUGACCGUAGCUAUAUGUUGAGAGAGAAAGAGAGAGCUAUUGAUGCCUCCAAAACCUAAUUGUGAUUUGUAUCAUUAAGGAAUGAUAAAUAUGCAGAGAAGUGCGCCAAAUAUUUUGAUAACGGGCACACCUGGUGUGGGCAAAAGUCUGAUGUCUCGUAUGUUAUCGGAAAAAAGUGGAUUGGUAUGGUUGGACGUUAGUAAAUUAGCUAUAGAAAAUGAAUGUUUGGAAGAGUACGACGAAGUGUACCAAUGUAGAGUGUUGGAUGAGGAAAAGUUGCUGGAUGGAAUGGAGAAUCUUAUGAACGAAGGGGGAAAGAUUGUGGAUUAUCACGGUGCCGAAUUCUUCCCCGAAAGAUGGUUCGACAUCGUAUUUGUGCUCAGAACGGACAAUACAAUCUUAUACGACCGUCUUAAGGAAAGAGGUUAUAGCGGCAAGAAAUUGGAAGACAACAUAGAUUGUGAGAUUUUCCAAACGAUUCUCGAAGAGGCAAGAACAUCCUACAGGGAAGAAAUUGUACAUGAAUUGAUGAGCAAUAACAUGGAUCAAUUGGCAGAUAAUGUAAAAAGAAUAUGUCAGUGGUUGGAACAAUGGAAAAUAGAUAAUACAUAAAUGUGAAAAUAUAUAUUUAUUAUAUAUA